UUCAGUCCUAGGGUCAGAGUCUGCUUCCUAGAACGAUUGUGGGUGGUACUGUCACCACCUGAUUCGGUGGGGUGAGAUGCGCCACCCCUUUAAAUGACGUGACAGUGGGUUAGUCUGCAUAGCUCUCAUACUUGUGUUGUAGUUUAACAUCAAAUCAGAUAAAAUGGCUAGCUUAAAUAGGAAAGCGUUAACGUUAGACUGCAAAGUAGAAAUAAUUAAAGCAGUUGAAAGUGGAAGAAAAAAGGCAGAUGUAUGCAGAGACUUUGGUUUAGCAAAUUCUACAGUGUGCACAAUAAUAAAAAACAGAGAGAAAAUUUUGAAAAGUUUUCAAGAUGGCAAGGGACAAGUGAAAAAAAUUAAGUUAUGUGAAAAAGUCAAUAUUGAUGACGCUCUAAUUAAGUGGUUUAACCAAUGCAGAAGUUCCAACUUACCACUAAAUGGACUAAUGGAAAAAGCAGAAGAAUUUGGACGACUACUAGGCGAUACUAACUUUAAAUGUUCUAAUGGAUGGCUAGACCGUUUUAAACAAAGACAUAACAUAAGUUUUGGGAAAGUGUGUGGAGAAGCAAAAAGUGUAAAUUUACUGGACGUUGAAAACUGGUUAAGAGAUGUGUGGCCUAAACUAAGGGGAGAAUAUGCAGAUGAAGACAUUUAUAAUGCAGAUGAAACCGGGAUAUUUUACAAACUUUUACCAGAUAAAACAUUUAAAUUUAAAAAGGAAAAGUGUGUUGUUGGAAAACUUGCGAAAGAUAGAAUAACAGCUUUUGUUUGUGCUAAUAUGACUGGUACAGACAAAAGAAAACUUCUUGUAAUAGGAAAAUCAAAGAAUCCAAGAUGUUUUAAAAACAUAAAAACACUACCAGUAAAUUACAAAGCGAACAAAAAGUCAUGGAUGACGUCUGAGAUUUUUGAAGAAGAAAUUCGAAAAUGGGAUAAAGAACUUAUUGGUAAAUGAAAAAAGUUUUACUCCUUGUCGAUAAUUGCCCAGCACAUCCAAUUUUAGAAAAUUUAAAGAACAUCAAACUUGUAUUCCUUCCUCCGAAUUGUACUAGCGUACUUCAACCAAUGGAUCAAGGAAUUAUAA